AUGAGGAAAUAUCUCCAUUGCGGAAGUUCUGAACAUCAGCUCGCUACUUGUCCUGUUAAGAACCGUGAGGGGAAUGAGGGUGUACAGCUAGAGAAAUCAAACUUUAAGCAACUUACCGCCAGUGGAAGUACAUCCAAAACCUCUACUAGGGUUUUUGCUUUGGACCACCAACGAGUUCCUGAAUUGUCAGAAGUAGUGGAAGGUACGAUCCCCGUAUUCCACAACUUAGCGAAGUUUUUAAUUGAUCUAAGGGCAACCCAUUCUUUUAUAAAUCCUGCCUUUAUGUGUGGUAUUGAUAUAAGUCCUGUUACAUUGCCCUAUGACUUGGAAGUUAGAAAACCUACUAGGGAUCAAAGCCUAAUUACCAAUAUGGUCUAUAAAAAUUGUGAGAUUUGGGUAAGAAAACGGAAGUUGGUGGUAGAUCUGAUAAGUCUAGAUCUCAAGGGGUAUGACGUGGUUAUAGGCAUGGAUUGGUUGGCCCAUUAUAAUGCGCAGUUGAAUUGUAAAACUAAAGUGGUGGAGUUCUCUAUAUCCGAAGAGGCAACUCUAAGACUGGAUGCGAGAGAUAAGGUGAAACUAGAAGAUGUGUUAGUAGUGAAUGAAUUUUUCGAUGUCUUCCCUGACGAGUUGAAGUCGAUGCCACCAGAGAGAGAAAUAGAAUUUAAGAUCGAUUUGGUGCCUGGAACCGCUCCUAUUGCAAAAACACCAUACCGAAUGGCCCCUGCCGAACUUAUGGAACUAAAACUGCAAUUACAGGACUUGUUAGAACGAGGGUUUAUUCGAGAAAGUGAAUCACCUUGGGGAGCACCUAUCCUAUUUGUUAAAAAGAAGGAUGGCAGUUUGAGACUGGUGGCUGCCAUUGAGAUGCGAGGUACUGGAGAUAUUCUCAAUAGGGCUUCAAGUGCUCAGAGUGUUGAGCAUGAUGCAGAUGAUGAGGGGUAUCAUUCUAACACCUCAUUCCGAUCAAGGAAAAACCACAGGGAAACGAGGGAAGGUUGA